CUACGCCUUUGCCCUCUGUCGCAAGGCGCUGGAGAUGCACCAGCAGGACCUGGCCAAGGCGGAGAAGUGGCUGCGGGCGGAGGCGCUGAAGCAGGGCUGGGAGAAGGCGGAACGGGUCAAGUCUCGCUCCACCGGCGAGGGCCUCGUCGGCAUCUACACCUCCCCGGACCGCCGCACCGCCGCCAUGGUGGAGGUCCGCUGCGAGACGGACUUUGUCGCCCGCAACCAGCACUUCGUCGGCCUGGUGACCGCCCUGGCGGAGCGCCUCUCCAACUUCAGCUCCGGAGCGGCCCGGGACGCCCGCGACCGCGGCAGCUGCAUCCACAAGCGGUGGAUCGUCGACGAGGGCAAGCUGGUGGAGCUGGCCGGCUCGUCGAUCACCGAGGCGAUCAGCAAGCUGGGCGAGAACAUCCGCUUCGUCCGCGGCUGCAUCGUCCACAUUCAGGGCGAGGAGGAAGAUCAAAAGACGUCAACAUCAUCGAACCAGGUACGACUGCUGCCGUACACGCACGCCGUCGCCGGCAAGGUCGCCUCCGCCAAUCCGAACGUCAUCCUCGGCAAGUACGGCACCAUCAUUGCCAUUCAGAAGCAGCAGCAGCAAUCGAACCAGGCGGUGGACGCCGAGACGGAGCAGUCGCAGGUGGAGGACGGCCUCAAGUCGAACUCCAUCGAGGAGGUCGGCUCCAAGCUCGGCCAGCACAUCAUCGGCCUGACGCCGCUCACGGUGACGCCCCCGCCCCCGCCGCCGCCCUCAUCUGAGUCAGCCUCGUUUGAGGAGGCCACCGAGGAGGAGAUCACCGGGGAGGAGGAGCCGACGGCGCUUCUGAAGCAGAAGUUCAUCUUCAACGACGAGAUCACCGUGGAGCAGUUUCUCGCCAACUCGGAUGCCGCCGUGCUGGACUUUGUGCGCUUUGAGUGCGGAGAGGAGGGGGCGGACAGCUAA